UAUGGAUAUAAUGGUAAUGUGUAGAUAUAAUGGUAAUGUAUGGAUAUAAUGGUAAUGUGUAGAUAUAAUGGUAAUGUAUGGAUAUAAUGGUAAUAUGUUGAUAUAAUGGUAAUAUGUAGAUAUAAUGGUAAUAUGUAGAUAUAAUGGUAAUAUGUAGAUAUAAUGGUAAUAUGUUGAUAUAAUGGUAAUAUGUUGAUAUAAUGGUAAUGUGUAGAUAUAAUGGUAAUGUAUGGAUAUAAUGGUAAUAUGUAGAUAUAAUGGUAAUAUGUAGAUAUAAUGGUAAUGUAUGGAUAUAAUGGUAAUGUGUGUAUAUUAAGAGAACAUACUGUAAAUCUCUGCAUCUAAUCCAAACCAACAUCCAACAGGACUAAAAUGUGACUCCCUGCUCGACUCCUGAGUGAUUAAAAGUCCAACUCUUUGGAAGAUAUCAAUUCUUCUGUUUAUAGAAGGUUUUCUGGGCUUAGUGAAUAUACUUUAAUGUAUGUGACUCUCACACAGGAAGCCAUCUGGAUGAGAUAUCGAUUCUAAAUAUACAGUUGAAAUAUCGGCCAGCGGAGCUUGGCGAAUCCUGACUGCUCUUCGCAGAGACCUUUCUAGAGUGAAAUGCUGUUUCUCACUUUGUCCGAACGAAACAGCAGGAAGCUCUGAAACCUGUCCACCUCCUGUCACCCCCUUCUCGGCGUUGUUGAGUAACGGUCUUCCAAGAUAAAGAGCUGCUCGCUUUCUCAACAAGAAAAAUAAUCUGUCUAGUAGAGAUUGCAAUGCAGUCAACAGGCAUGUUUUGGUGGCUGGACUAAGAAAGAAAAACAAAAGAAAGAUUGAAAGAAAAAAGGGGGAGGAAGAGACGAGAAGCGUCUGGGUUUUUGGAGAAAAGAGAAAUAUUUAAGAGGGAGGGAAGACAGACAACAAACAGAAAUAGAAAAGUUUGAUGUUUUAUCAGUCUUUCUUCUUCAGCUGGAGAUUUGCAGUAGAGCACAUCGUUAUUGUGAAAAGCGUCUUGGCUGCGGUUCAUGGGAACUGAUCCAGCGUGCUCUGUGUCUGUGGAACUCCCAGCAUGCUCUAGUCUCCCGGGAGGUCCCUGAUAAUGUUUCUGGUAAGUCCUGAGUAAUACUGUGUAGUAACAGUGUGUCAGAACCAGAGGCACACUUCUCCCGUCCGUCAGCCUCCCUCCCUGCUAGCUACAAGACUAAAGGACUAAAGGAAACAUUAAGGAGGAUUACUGCAGGAAGAGAAAUGUCCAGCGGCAGGAGAAGCAACAUGGAAAGCUAAGAUUCUCCUUAUCCCCAAUGGUGAUUCUCUUUUUUCUCUCCAAACGCUCCCCAAAAACGGUGAUCCUCAAACUGACAUACAGACCAAGCCAGGCAGGGCUGCAGACAAUCUGGGUAGAAGAAGAGACAGAAACUGUGGAGUAAACCAGAGGAGAAGCAGAGGAGCUCCAGAACUCCCCAGCGGAGCAGCAAAGCUCCCCCAGAUCGAGGCACCGUCCUGGGGGUAGAGAUGGAGACGGAGAGGGGUCAUAUGUCUGUGAGGAGGGGGGUAAGCUGGAGCCCAGGUGGGGGGAGGAAGCCCCUUCAGGGAGGGAAGGUCAGGGAUGUGGACACCGGCAACAGAGAGAGCAAUGUAUCACGGGAGAGGCGGGACUACAGAGGGAACAAAGGACAGGUGACAUCGACCUCCACCAAUCAGCUGGCUCGGAAAACCAACCUGACACGUAGUGCCAGCCUAUCAGAGAAGGAGUUGAAGGAGGCGAGGGUGAGGUCACAGAUCAUCGCUGCCCAGCUGACCGUCCCGUCUGGCUGCUCCAACUCCCGCGGAGUCCAGCUCUUCAACCGCCGCCAGCAGAGGGUCAACGCCUUCACGCUAGAGAGCUGCGGGGAAAGAACGAGGGAAGAGGAGCGAGAGGCGAGAGACGGAGAUACCAGGAACAACAACCUGACAUGGGAAGGAGAGAGAGGGGGACCUAGUGAGGGGAAAGAGAAAGACAUACAACUGAACUGGAAGAACAGCGCUGGAACAAAACAACCACUCUGGUCGCCACCCUCUGGAAGUGAGGUCACCGGAAGUGACAUCAUGAAGGACCCAGGUGACGAGCACAUCUACGAGGAAGUGGAAACUGUGACACAGGAGAGACACUUCCAGCCGGUGAACGAGAGACAAGGGGAGGAGGAAGAGAGGAGUGGAGAGAGAGAAAGAGAGGAGAUAUACGAGGAUAUUGAGGGUGAAGUGAAGGAUGAGAUUAUACCAGUAAAUGACAACAACACCUGUCCAGUCAGAGAGGAAGUGGGGAUGAAUAGGGGGUCAUACACAUUCCCCACAGCUCCCUCUGAGACCCGUAAUGGCUUCCACAGCACCCAGGGCUCUGCUGGAGAGAUCCAAAAUGGAGGCCGAGUUUCUAUGUCCCUGUCCAGACAGGCCCCCACCAUCGUCAACCGGACAGCCAGACCCUUCUUCUCUCCACCUACCAUACAGCCCAAGUCCCCAGAGGCAAGGAGUCCCGUCAUGGAUAACAACAUACCUCCAGCCCCCUCCUAUCCUACCCCAACUCUUCCCCCAGCUUCCUCAGACUCCACUCACCCUCUCCCACCUUUCACUGCCACUCGCCCCGUAGCCUUCUCCCCUCCUCCCCCUCCUCCCUCAUACCCCAUGCCUCCUCUCCCAGCCUUCCCCAUCCAUCCUCCUCCUCCCUCCCAGUCUCUCUCCAGUCCUUCCCCUAUGUCUACUGUCAUGUUCCCUAGGUCUACACCCGUCCCCCAGUACAACCCUCCUUCUACAGCUGCUUCUGUUCCCCAGUAUCUACCCCCCAACCCUCCUGUCACCCACAACAUCCCUCCUCCAAGUUCCCCUAGACCCAACACCUUUGUCCCCUUCACCCCUCAGCCUAUUGGUCAACAGAACCAGCAGCAGCUAAUCAAAACGGGCAUCCUGGAGGAAGGGGCGGCGGCCAUCAGACGAUCGUCGACGGCCAGGAAGUCCAUGUUCACCUUUAAGGAGAAGCCUGUCAUGGCACCCAACCCUGAACUCCUCUCUCUGGUCCAGGGGAACGAUGACAGGAAGAAGCACGGCCUCCGCUCCGUUCCCGACCCAGCCCCAGAGGAGGAGCUGCUGGCUCUGGGGGCCGAGGCCUCUAACUUCCUAGCCAGGGAGGAGGUGAAGGCGGAGGCUGCCAAAGUGCCGGAGUGGUCCUCCUGUCUCAAGAGCUCCAGGACCAGGGAACCCAGGGGGCAGCACCAGCCAGAGCAGACCCUGACCAACGCAUCAGGGAAGGGGGCCGAGCUGUUCGCUAAGCGCCAGUCCAGGAUGGAGAAGUACGUAGUGGAGAACCAGAAUAUCUCCGGUGGUGGAGGUGGUCAGAUGAGGUCGCCGUCUCCCACCGCGUCUCUGCCGCCAUCUUGGAUCUAUCCAUCUAAUAUGCCUGGCCGGGUCAAAGCUAUCGCUAACAACACUGACCUCAGCGCCAGGCUGACCCGGACCCUCCAGACCCCUCAGCCCGCGAACAGGAGGCCCAGCCAGCAGGCUCCAACUCCGGCCCCGGUCCCCGAGGAACCACCCCUGGAGAACGGCUGCACCAAGAUAGAGAUGGACCUCUCCAGGCACAAGCCCUACCAGCUCAACUCCUCCCUGUUCAUCUUCAACCCAGUCCAGGACUCUACCAGCACCCUGCUGAGUGCUCUGCCCCGAGGGGCCCCUCCACCACCCAAACCCCUGGUCUCAUCUGAGGCCUACUCCAGGCAGGCCUCCCUGCCCUCCUCCAACCCUCCAUCUCACAAUUACAACAGCCUGCCCCGCUUCAGACCUACCCUGUCCCCCUCACUUCAGCCCCCAUCAGGAGGAAUUGGAGGUGGGGAUUACUAUCCUUCACAACACGGGGGGACUCCACAGCUGAGGGACCCCAGGAUCACCUCUCCUGUCUCUGCCUUCUCUCCGGAGAGAGUGGCCUCUCCUCGGUCGAGCGUCCAGGCACCCAGACCCACCUUCUCUACCAAGAGGGCAGGGAUCGAACCCCAGACGAGGAAGGAGUCGCCUCCAACCCCGACCCACACCACCCCCACUCCCACCAGGACACCCCAGUUCACCCGUCGGUUCAGCAGCCCAGAGGGACCACACACUCCCAGCGGGGUCCGGUCCCCUACCCCCCAGACCACCAUCACCUUCUCCUCCACUUCCAGGCCCCCCCACCAGGGCACCUCCACACCCACCUCCCCUGUCUCCCCACCCUGGGAGACGAGGUGCCAGUCCCCCGCGAUGGUCACCAAACCCUUCUCCAUAGCCUCUUUAUCCAGGCCUAAACCAUCCACCACCACCUCACCUAUAUCGCCUGUAUCUCCCUGGGGGUCCCGCUGUCAAUCCCCUAACAUCAACCAGACAACCAAGCCUUUCUCCACCACCAUCUCCAACUCUUCCUCUUCCAGACCCUCUCACCAAGGCACCAUGACCUCUCCUAUCUCCCCGUCACCCCUGUCCCCUCCCUGGGGUUCCAGAUGCCAGUCUCCCAUUGUCAGCCCAAGCCCCAACAACUCCAAGGCAAACCAUCGCCUGUUAGCCAAGAACAUCAUCAACGCGGCCAAACGUAAAAACAGCCCGUCCCCAGGUGCUCUGAGCGGCCACAGUCUCCCAAUCUCCCCACAAGGUGGCAUCACUACCCACCAGCACCACCAGGGCUAUGACCAGCAGCACCACAGCAGCUCCAAACCCCCCUUCAGCCCCUACCAGUCCAGGGCCAUGGGGUGCCAGUCCCCCCACUUCGCCAGCCCACCUCCCACCCCUACAGGGGUGAUCCGGUCCCCAGUAAGGCUCUACAACACCAGAUCCCUCACUGACUCGGAUGCUUCGGUGGAAUCGGAGGACUCUGGGCUGAGGUCUCCAGGACUGCAGCGUACCCACAACACCAGUCCCCGAGGCUGGGGCGGCAGCCUGAGGGUGAAGAGGGGCAGUUUUGGCACUGACCUGUAGGGGGAGCUGGGGAGAGAGGGUCAGGAGAAAGGACCAUUGAGCUUGCGAAAUAAGAGAAAGAAAGAAAACCAGGACAUUGAUAAAAGGGACUGGUGGGUUUUGGACAAUUCUUAAUUUCAUUGACCUAUAGGAGCAUCUAGAUGGAGGGCCAGCUCAGCGCUAGCCUCACAGGGGAGAUAUGGUAAGGAGUUUGAAAGGAACUGACCUUGUGUGUUUGUUGCUUUGGAAUAAGGGACAAUAAUGUUGACCACACAGUAAAUAAUCUGAUGCCCUUACAACGCAGCUGGGACAUAGAAGCAUCCUGUCUGGUGAUUCUAAAGUCCACUAAAACCCACUGAUUUGUCUGGCUGGCUAUAGAAGAGUCCAGGACCAUCAAGCUCAGAGCUAGCUCAACAGUGGGAUUACCGAGAGGAGAUUGAAGGGACAAUUCACUGUUGCCUCUUCCUCUCAUUCUUACAUUUUAUAAAACACGUUAUACAUUUAUUGCACAAAAAAAAAGAAGAAGGAAAUUGAAGGGAUUCUAAAAUCCAAAGCGACUUGUCUACAACUUUUGAUAUGGACCUUGUAAUUGAAAAACAAAAUGUGUUGUUUUAAUCAGGCAUUGCUGAAAUGUAAAACUAGCUUACUUGCAUUUGACUUUGACAAGAGUUCCUUGAAUAAUCAAAUUAUUACAGUAGCUUACUUAUGUUUACGCUUAAAAAAUAAAUAAAAGGUUUAUUCUAAUUUAUACCAAAAAAAAAGAAGGUAUACAGACUAGAAGAAAAAUACCAAAGACAAUAUCUGGAAUGAUGCAAUGUUUUCAAAACAGUGUUACACUUUUCCUCCCCCACAUAAGACAUUGAUAAUGUAGUGGCGUAGAUAUGCCCUUUGCAGUUAUUUUGUAUAUAUACAUAUAUAUGUGUUUUAAUGUUGCUGGGUAUACAUUGGAGUAGACAGGAAUGCAGUUAAACCAUAGGUUGACAUGGUGUUUUGCAGGUCUGACACAGGUCAAACUGGGGAGAGAGAGAGAGAGUGACUGGAUUUUAAAUGGCACCCUAUUCUCUACAGUGCACUACUUUACACCCGAGCCUUAUGGGCCCCGGUCAAACGUAGUGCGCUAAAUAGGGAACAGGGUGCCAUUUGGAAACGUCAUUUAGGACGCUGACAGAGUAUCGAUGCGUCAGUUUUUAGUUCUGUAGUAAUGGUGGUGGCUACAGGGAGGCAGGUAUAGGAGUUUUGUAAUAUAAUCUUAUAGCUUACUGGAAUAUGCUUUCAUCAAACAAAUCCCUUUGAAAGUUGCCGUGAUAGUUAUUAGAUUAGGAAAACAAAAAAAAACGGACUAUUACUCUUCAACUCUGAAUGAGUACGUAGAGAUAGAAUGGGUACAGUCAGAGCCAUGUAUUUACAUUUGACAUGUUAUAAAUACGGCUCUGGUUACAAUGUAGUUUCUCUACCAUUCCAUAACCUUACUAUGCAAAGAAUCAAGGAACAUUGGUGUUAUUGUGGUGUUGAUACCGUCACAAAUGGCCCAAAAUGUACACUACAGUACAGUAUAUCCUUUUUUAAUGAACAGGGGGGCUUCUUUACCUAUCGCAGUGCAAUAAUGCAUCUAUCCCCUCUAUGUACUGGUUAUACAGCUACUGUAUGUUGUUUUAUGUACUGCUUUGUUUCAAAUGAAUGUACAGAUUGUCAGGUAGAGAGGUAGAAGAGAGACAGAGACAGACAAAAGGAGGGUUGACCUUUAUGGAGAAAGUUUAUGUCAAGUUUUAUAUGUUAACCAAUGGGACACAAUGUUACCGUUUCUAAUACUGAUAUGUCUACUGUCCGGGCACAAACAACCAACUAACAAUGGCUGGGGACAUCAAAUAGAGCAUGUAGAAAAUACUACAUUCUGAGAGAUAUAUAGGAAACGAAAGGGGGGAUUGUUGUCACUAAUGUUGUAGAGACAAACAUUUGUGUGUACCACGACGAUGACGAUCAAGGUAGCCAAUAGGAAAGAUGAAUAAAAGAGUCAUUCCAUUGGUUGAGAGUAGGCUGCAGUCAGACGUUAGGUUGGGAUCGAGGUUGGGGUCGAGGUUGGCGUCGAGGUUGGGGUCGGGGUUGGGGUCGAGGUUGGCGUCGAGGUUGGGGUCGAGGUUGUGAUCCAGGUUGGGGUCGAGGUUGGGGUCGAGGUUGGGGUCGAGGUUGGCGUCGAGGUUGGGGUCCAGGUUGGGGUCCAGGUUGGGGUCGAGGUUGGGGUCGAGGUUGGGUUCGAGGUUGGGGUCGAGGUUGGCGUCGAGGUUGGCGUCGAGGUUGGGGUCGAGGUUGGGGUCGAGGUUGGCGUCGAGGUUGGGGUCGAGGUUGUGAUCCAGGUUGGGGUCGAGGUUGGGGUCAAGGUUGGGGUCGAGGUUGGCGUCGAGGUUGGGGGUCCAGGUUGGGGUCCAGGUUGGGGUCCAGGUUGGGGUCGAGGUUGGGGUCGAGGUUGGGGUCGAGAUUGGGUUCGAGGUUGGGGUCGAGGUUGGGGUCGAGGUUGGCGUCGAGGUUGGCGUCGAGGUUGGGAUCGGGGUUGGCGUCGAGGUUGGGAUCGAGGUUGGGGUCGAGGUUGGGGUCGAGGUUGGCGUCGAGGUUGGGGUCGAGGUUGGGAUCGAGGUUGGGGUCGAGGUUGGCGUCGAGGUUGGGGUCGAGGUUGGCGUCGAGGUUGGGGUCGAGGUUGGGGUCGAGGUUGGGGUCGAGGUUGGCGUCGAGGUUGGGAUCAAGGUUGGCGUCGAGGUUGGGAUCAAGGUUGGGAUCGGACGAUAGGAGUAGGUUUUUGUUAAAUGACCAAACUCUUGCUGAAGCAAGGCCCUGUAUUCCACAUACACUAGUCUAAAUGCACAUUUCAGUUUGCUUUACUUUUUUGUAUUUGAUCAAGUUUCACUUGAUUUUGCACUUCUUUGUUUCAUUCCAUUAUUGCUAUUGGCACACAGUAUCGGACUAACCUUGAUUGGCUGAAACAGGUGUCAUUCACACAGAAAACACACACUUUCUCCAUAAUCUGCAUAGUAACAGUUAGAGACCGCCGCCACACUGAACACACUAUAAUAGGCUUAAAAACAAUGAUCAGUUAAUGUAACUGUUGUAUUUCAAGGCCGGGGGGGUCACCAAGGCCACCGACAUCAUUCCACAUCCCCCCCCCCCCCGCCCCCCGUAGAGAAUCACAAACAGAACGAGACCACAUGAAAUACAGGAGUGGUUCUAUUCUUGUCCCCUAAACACAUAGGACUCUGUGACCGCUACAUCAGCAAAUUACUGACUAGUCACAUGUGGGCUGUAUUCAUUAGACACGAAAACAGAAGAAAAAAGGGACUGAAACAAGAAGAGACUACCUGAGCUUGUCCAAUAAGGGUAUGUUUUCCUUUGCAUAGCAUUUUGCUACAGUGUACCCUAAUGAAUGCAACCCUGACAAAUCUCUGACUGACCGGGACAGCUGGUGUUAUGGUGACUUGGCACCUUGGGUGGGCAGGAAUAACCUUCUCACUGUCACGGCUGCAUCUUAAACGGCAUCCUAUGUAAACACAUUGAGCUGGUUGGUUUUUCCCCUUGUCUCACGACGAGUGUUGUUUAUCAGAACAUUCACAACAAGAAAAGGUGAAAUGCGGAAACUUCCAUAUGCUACCGAACGGUAGAAAUCAUCGGUAUAUCAACAACACACUAUAGGGAUAGGGUGGUAUUUCAGAUGUUGCCAAUGUAGGGAUCAGUCUCGAGUAACCCCCCCCCCCUUUCCUCUGUGAGUCCAACCUGCCCAUCAACACAGGAUGGCUAAGUCCCAAUCCCAAGUGUUGAUUGUAAUUAGUUCUUCGUGUAUUUUAACAAUACAUUGGGGCGGCAGGUAGCCUAGUGGUUAGAGCGUUGGACUAGUAACUCAAAAGGUUGAUAGAUCGAAUCCCCGAGCUGACAAGGUGAACAUUGGUUGUUCUGCCCCCUGAACAAGGCAGUUAACCCACUGUUCAUUGGCCGUCAUUGUAAACAAGAAUUUGUUUUUAACUGACUUGGUUAAAUUAAAAAACAAGAGGGGGGGGGAUUUCUUGAGUUUGAAAAAAAGGAAAAGUUUUAUUGAUAAUAUGACUAACAACAACAUGUGUGGAUCAACAAUAUGUCUCAUGUACCCCUCCUUAAUUCUGGGUUAUUUAAAUAACUGAACACAAAACAAAAUAAAAGUGAUGACACUAAUUAUA